GUGAGCGUAUGUCAUUACGGUAUGGGCAGCUCUCGUGGAGUGUACGUUGCUCCGGGGUUUGAGACCACAGAGCGUGGCGAUGAAUCUCUACAUUGUCCUCGGUGCUCACGCUCUGUGACAACAGCUAACAUUCCACUCGGAAGCAAACUCUGGACACCGCUCCGCUUAACAUUGUGUGUGCACCAUGGCGUCGAAACCUCACCCUCCUCUGAUGAAGAAACACAGUCAGACAGACUUGAUAAGCCGUCUGAAGAGCCGAAAGGUUCUGGGAGUCGGCGGUGAGGAUGAUGAUGGCGAAGUGCACCGCUCAAAGAUCAGUCAGAUGCUUGGAAAUGAGAUGAAGUUUGCAGUGCGAGAGCCCAUUGGGCUUAGGGUGUGGAUACUCGUCUCAGCAGUGGGUUUCACAGUUAUGGCCCUGAUGGCCCUUGUGUUUCCUAACCAGCUAUAUGAGGUUGUUUUUGAGGAGGAACUUUCCACGACUAGCAUCUCCAUUCGCCUAUACGGAGGAGCACUGCUUAGCCUGUCCCUCAUCUUGUGGAAUGGUCUCUACACAGCUGAGAAGAUCAUCAUUCAGUGGACUCUGCUCAGUGAAGGCUGCUAUUUUGCUGUGCAGUUCCUAGUGACAUCCAUCACCUUAAUGGAGAUUGGCAUCCUGCCCAACGCUGCCAUGCUCCUGCUCCUCAGUCGAGUGCUUUUCCUGGUGGUCACCAUGGCUUACUACUACCAGCUGGGCCGUAAACUAAAGAAGAUCUAAGAUCCUUGCUUGAUACUUCGAGGGAGGGAACAGCUGAGCACAGAUCACAUAUGUGGGGUCAGAAAGUUUGGAUGAAUAUAUAGUUGAGGCUUGGGGCAUUACUUGGCCAAUGGAUGCUCCCUGCCCCCUUCCUCGGGACAUAACUAAUUUAACCCCCAGUACUGAACAGAGGAGCACAGUCGCACAUUCCAACCUCUACAAACGAGAACAAGAAGCCUCAUAGUGAAAGUAAAUUACUCUUUCAUUGGGCUGUGAGGUUACACUCCUCUUGACACACAUUCCUUCGUUGUGCAGUUCUGAGUGCUGUUAUUAUGAAGAAGGAGCUAGCAGGUAGCAGUGUAUUGUGUUCAUGUAUCACCAGGAUUUAUAAUUUAACAUGUACAGUACAGAAUGGAGUAAGUUGCUUAUGUACGGCUACAUGACUUCCAGAUUCAGUAUUUAGUGUUAUCUGUUUGAUAAAAUGUUGCAUCUUGACAUUGUUUCUAUCACACUCAAGGACCAAGAGUCUGUGCUGUUUGAUGCUGUUGAUGCCAACUCACACUGUAUGUAAAGUGAAGCCUGAAUAUCUGUGCUCUUACAUAAGUCACUGACAGCUCUUCAGUGAACACCUAAUAGAAAUACCAACUUUAAGAUUCAGGUGCAGUCAGAUAAGCUAAACACUGGAUAAGUGUCAGUUAGCUGAUUUUUACUUUCAGUCUUUACCCAUGAUUCAUUCAGAUUUGAAGUAUCCAAAAAGAAACACUGAAUCGAAGAAUGCUUCAGGGAUAAAGUGGGGAUUUUUUUUUUAAUUCCUUGAGACAUAAGUCACAAAGUUUUACCAAAGUGAAUUGCUGUUGUUUUGUACAGAACAUGUUCUCGCCUGAGAUUAAUCCACCUAAUGUUGAUAGGUUCACAUGAACUACCAUGUAAAAAGAGGCAGUGUAAUGAGUGACUUUGUAUAGACAUGGUGUAACAAGCUGAGCAUGUCCGGUGUGCAGGGUAAACAAACCUGAGCUGGUUCCUCUUUAGUGAUGUAGCACAAUUUUUUUUACAUAUACCACAUCCUUAGUCUUGCCUUAAAACUACUUAAAAACUGUCAUUAACACUGCAUCCUACUCCUUGUAUAUAUGUAAAAGAAAUCAUUUACUAUUAUGUGGCGUUCUUGUGAAACAAACAAGGAAUUUGUUCAGUAUUAGUUAAAUGAUUUUCAAAGGCUGAUCUUUCUCUUGACGUCGUAUUUUGUAUCAGUUUAAGUGACUUUUGUGUUUUGACAUCAUGCAUGCAAUAUAAUCCACCAUAGCUUGAAUUGUGUAGCAAACUGCCACUAACUAGAAUACAAAGCUGAAAAAUAAAGAUGUUACCGGCAGUGAAUAGAUGCAUUAGCCAAAAAUGGCAUAAAACCUGAAAAGGACAAGUUUAUGUAUUAGGCGAUUAAACUGUGUGCUUUAAAACAUUUGAGUUUUCACCCAAUUGAUUCAGUACAUUUUCUACCUCCCAGUACAUGGCUGCUUUGAGGUACAUGACAUCCCAGCUUGAGUUUAGGGCUGUACCAGUAUUGCUAGUUUGUGAACUCUGACCUCUGCAGAUAGUUGAGUCAUAGUGUAAAUUUAACUUGGAAAAACCAUUUUGAGUCUACCAAGGAACACAAGGUGGUCCAUAUUGUUGUAAAUGACCAUGUUGAGUCCUGCCCUCCAAGGGAGUGGUCCUGAGGUUGCACUGAUUGUGGGUUUGCAGUUGCAAGUCCAGCACUGAUGGCAGAUGUGCUUGUUACUACUUAGAUAGGGAAUGCGAAACAUGGGUGAGGUUCAGCCGUGCUCCCUGAAAAGUAGUCAUUAUAAUUCUCCCAGUGUUUAAUUAGAUGCAGCUCUCCUGAAUGACAGCGUGUGCCCCAGCCUACUCUUCUGUGCUGACUGGCAUGAUAAUUAUGGAGUUUAAAAAAAAAAAAGUCAUUCAAUUUAGGUUGAUACUACAGGCCACAAAUCAUCAGUCUUGUGACAUGUUCAAAGGUCUAUAAAGCAGGUUAUUUUGGUAGUGAUGGGUAGUUUUAGAGGUACAGGCAGAAGAAGGGUUACAACGAAAUGGCUCUUUCAUCUUCCUGGUUUUCUGAUGUAAGAUUAGUCAAAAUAUUACAUUGGUAAGUUGAGUCCUUGAAAUUUUAGAGGAAUGGCAAGUUGAGCUGUUCUCACUCAUGCAGAUCCAAAAAGUUAUACUGUUGUGAAUAGCAUAAUAGGUCAAACUGUUUCAGGUUGUAGCAUUGUGUUUUUAUGUAUAUAUGUGUUAUAUUGUACCUCAAAAAUAAACUGUUAUGGAUUCCCACUGUUUAGUUUGAAAUAAAGAACACUGUUUAUUUUGAAGAGUUCCAAAGUGAU